CUCUGCUUUCAGUGUUGUACAAUUUUAAAACGAGUUGGAAGUAUUGCCGAAGGAACCGAGUGAAUUUUUGUAAAUUGUAAAAAAUUACUAUUUCCUACCACAAGCAUCAUGUCGCUAUCCUUGGUCCUGCGUGGCGCCGUCCGCUGUAAUGCCGCAAAUCUCGUUAAGUCAGCGCGCAUUACUCCACUGAAGGCCUACUCCACAAUUGUGGCCAAUGCCCAACGUCAGACUCUCAAGCCUCUGGCUCUGACCAAGAUAGUUGCGCCCGUAGUUCGUGAGAUCUCUGUGAGUGCACCACGCAUGGCUUCGGCUGGGUCCAGCCACACCGCCUUGUGGACACUGGAACGCCUAGUGUCGGCUGGUCUGCUGGCAAUUAUCCCAGCGGCCUUCAUUGCUCCAUCCCAGAUACUGGAUGCACUGCUUGCCAUUUCUGUGGUCAUUCACGCUCAUUGGGGCGUUGAGGCCAUGGUUGUCGACUACAUGCGUCCAGCUGUGGUGGGAAAUAUUCUGCCAAAGGUGGCACACAUUGCGCUCAUCGUCAUCUCGGUGGCCACUCUGGGAGGUCUCUUCUACUAUAUCCAAAACGAUGUGGGUCUAGCCAACGGCAUUAAGCGCUUCUGGGCCAUCAAGGGCAAGGAUGCUGAGGAGAAGCAGCAGUCCUAAGUCCGAAGUAUUCAACAAAGUUUAUAAACUGCAACACGCAAAA